AUGAAACCCAAACGCACCCUUCCCACAAUAGCCCUAGCCACCACCACAUUACCCACCGCCUCCGCCCAAACUCUAACCGAGACCCUCCAGUCCCUCAACGACAGCCUCUCAACAUUCAACAGCUACAUCCAGACCCAACCGGCCUUAUUCGCCGCCAUCAACGGGACCUCAAACAUCACCAUUCUAGCGCCCAGCAACGACGCGCUGACCGCCGUCACUUUGGACGACUUGGAUAACUCAGACCCGGAGCUGGUGGAGGCGUUUUGGGAUUAUCAUGUUUUGAGGGGGGUGUGGUGGACGAGUAACUUGACUGCUGGUACUGGUGGUGGUAGUGGUAGUGCUGCGGCGGCGGCGGCAAAGAGAAGAAGGAGGAGGAGGGGGGAUGAUAGUGUGGGUGGUGAUGGGAGCGGGAUAGAUGGGAACUCACUCUUCAUUCCCACCCUAUUAGCGCCGAACAGCACUCCCUACGCCAACGUCUCCGGUGGACAACGGGUUAUAGCUCGCUCCUCGAGUUCUUCUUCUAGUGAUGGUAGUGGUAGUGAUGUGGUUUCCUUCUACUCCGGCACUACCGGGUCUGGCGGUUCACAACCAAUAACCAAAUCAACAAUAACCCAAGCCAACUUCAAUUUCUCCGGGGGAACCAUUCACAUAAUCGACCAUGUGCUUUCUCUCCCUUCACGACUUAACGACACCCUCGCCUCUUUUGGCCCUUCCAGAUCUUCUUCUUCUUCUUCUUCAUCAUCCUCUUCCUCCUCCUCCUCAUCAACCAACGGAGACGACGACGAAACCUCCAUCCUCUCCCUAACCGCCUCCGUCGGCGCUUUAAGCAGAGCCAACCUUACAGACCUCUUCAACACCCAACAAGACAUCACCAUGUUCGUGCCCUCCAACGAGGCCUGGAACCUGGUGGGCAGCGUGGUGUCGGACAUGAACAAGAAAAAGUUGGCGGACAUUAUGGGGUAUCACGUGCUGAAGGGCCAAAAGGGGAAGGUGUUUUAUAGUGAUUUGUUGGAGCAGCAGAGUGAUAGCAGUGACACAAGGGAUGGAGAUGAUCAAGAUAAAAAUGCGAGAAGAGAUGGGGGGGCCAGUGAGUUUGAAAAAGACUAUGAUACGGUGGAAGGGGGGACGGUCAAAGUACGGGUGGUUGAUGGGUCGACGACGUCCACGGGGGACGGGACGGCUGCCGAUGAUGAUGAUGAUGAUGAUGAUAAUACAAGUGGAAGUGGAAGUGGAAGUGGAAGUACUAGCAAGCAGGUGUUUGUUAAUGGGGCGAGGGUGGUCAAGAGUGAUGUGUUGGUGGAGAAUGGGGUGGUGCAUGUUGUUGAU